AUGAAGGACGACAAAGCGGAUACGGCGUCAAUUGACGGGUCGACACCAGCGGCAAGUAGCCAGGAAGCUCAUCAUGUCGAUGACGAAAAGCGAUCGUUUCAAGAAACCCUAGAUGUGGAGCGGGGACCUACCACGGACAUCGAGAAGCAGGACUUUGAGCAAGCCGUCGAGGAACCUCGCGAUCCAAAUAUUGUCGACUGGGACGGCCCCGAUGACCCUGAGAAUCCACUCAAUUGGACGACGAAGAAGAAGGUGUCGGCGACGAUUUCAAUUGCACUAAUCACACUUCUCACGCCUCUUGGAUCAUCUAUGUUCGCCCCCGGCGUCUCACAAUUGGUUCAGGACUUCCAUAUCACGAGCACAGAACUUUCAUCUUUUGUGGUCUCCGUGUAUCUAGUCGGCUACUGCUUUGGCCCUCUCCUCAUUGCGCCAAUUUCCGAGAUUAUCGGCCGCCGCGUCGUUUACAAUACGUGUAACUUUCUCUACGUCGUCUUCACCAUUACCUGUGCCGUUGCUCCCGAAAUUGGCAGUUUGACGGUCUUCCGGUUCCUGGCCGGCUUCGCCGGUAGCUGUCCACUGACAAUCGGCGCUGGCUCGAUUGCAGACAUGUUUGCCCAGGAAAGGCGAGGCGGUGCUAUGGCUGCGUGGGCUAUGGGUCCUUUGAUCGGCCCUGUCGUCGGACCAGUUGCUGGUGGAUAUCUAGCCCAGGCCAAGGGCUGGAGAUGGACCUUCUGGGUUCUUGCCAUGGCUAGUGGUCUUGUCUUUGUCAUUUCUAUCUUCACCAUCCGGGAGUCAUAUGCACCAACCCUUCUGGCUGCGAAGACGAAGAAGCUGCGCAAAGAAACUGGAAACCAAAAUCUCCGCUCCGCUCUGGACACCGGCCGCAGUCCAAUGGAUCUGUUCUUGUUCUCCAUCGUCCGACCAACCAAGAUGCUCUUCAUGUCACCUAUUGUUUUCCUUCUCUCCCUCUACGUGGGCGUCAUAUAUGGAUACCUCUACCUCCUCUUUACUACCAUCAGCUCCGUUUUCGAGGGUCAGUAUGGCUGGUCACAAGGAUCCGUUGGUCUAUCAUAUCUGGGGAUCGGCAUCGGCUCCUUUUUUGGACUGUUCCUUCUCGGUGCCACGUCCGACCGCUUGCUCAACCAUCUCGCUGAAAAGCAUGGCGAGAGAAAGCCCGAAUAUCGACUGCCGCCUAUGAUUCCUGGCUCAUUCUUUGUGCCCGUAUCCCUGUUCAUCUAUGGAUGGACGGCCUAUUACAAGACCCACUGGAUCGUUCCGAUUAUUGGAACGGCCUUCCUCGGUGUUGGCAUGCUCGUCUCUUUCAUGACCGUCAGCACCUAUCUCGUCGACGCCUUCACUACCUACGCCGCCUCCGCCAUGGCUGCCAAUACCGUCUUCCGAUCUCUGGCCGGUGCAUUGCUCCCACUUGCCGGUCCCAAAAUGUACGAGAAACUUGGACUAGGCUGGGGUAACUCAUUGCUCGGCUUCAUUGCUCUAGCUCUUUGCCCGCUGCCAGUGAUCUUCUACGUCUACGGCGAGCGCAUUCGAACAAGCAAGCGCUUCCGAGUGGAGUUCUGA